CAUCUCGCGAGGCUUCGUGCUUUCACUUCCUGAUGCUGCGGUUGCUAGGGCCUGCGGAGGGUUGCUAAGAGAGGCCUAGUUUAGGCUCGAAGGCGCUAUGGCGGGGAGUAGGUUGGAGAAGUUGGGCAGCGUCUUCAGCCGCACACGGAACCUGCUGCGGUCUGGGGUGAUGUCUGAAGCCAAGAAACCAAUCUGGUAUGACGUUUAUGUCGCUUUCCCUCCGCUGAGGGAGCCUCUUUAUCGGGAGCUUCGUCCGCAAUAUGGCAAGGUUGAAGAAGCGGUUCCCCCCAUCCUGUACCAGGAGGAUGAGAUCAGAGCGAAAUUUUACAAAGCUUACGGAAACGGCCCAAGACCCCUUGAACUGUCCAGACUAAACUUUAAAUCCCCCUGCCAAAGGUUUGUUGAAAAAUGCAUGGCACUGCAAAAGCAGGGAGAAAUGGAUGGCGACAAACUGUUUGAAGAAACAGGGAAAGCGCUCUUGGCCGACGGACUUGUCUUACGCAGAAAAGGAGCCGAGAGUGCAGCCCAGCAGGCUUCUCUGGAAGUCAGACGCAAGGAUCCGGUGUUAGAAAAGCGACUCCAAAGUGUGCUGCAGGAGAUGCAGGACAACAUGCAGGAGGAGCAGAAGCCUGGACCCCCAGAAGCACCAGAGAAAGGCCCGUCACCAUCCUAAAGGGCUAUGCAUUUUUCAGCCUUCCUUGGAAGCCAGAGUUAUGUGCCACUGAGUGUCUGGCCAGGGGCACACGACUAGCCAGACGGAGAAACUCUUGCCAAACCAUUCUGGUUGGCAGUUUUCCGUUCACCUCAUGUUUCUCUAUGUUAUAAGCAUAACAAUAACUUAGUCUAAUUGUGACUUGCUUUGGAAUGGGGGUGGCAGUGACAGGGGGCAAUCCUGCAUGCAGGAGUGCCUGACUAAAAUGAUGGGUUUCAUAAUUAAAAAACCUCCUUCAGAA